UGUUUGUUUAAAAUUUAGCAACGAUGGUUAAAUAUUCUGGUGGUGAUAUCCAGUUUUAACAUACAACAUUAAAAUUAUAUGUAAAAUUGUAAUAUAUUAAUUUUAGGGAAGUUCUUUAUCCUUAAAUCAUGAGCUAAACUUCUAGAUGCGAUAUAUAAAUAUAACAGUUCCCUCGCAGAUUCCGCCAUUAAUAACAGGACUUUCAACUUCUAUUGAAAAUGAUUAUUGUGGAUUAAAUAAAGAAUUUCCUCACUUCUCCUUUUAAAUAUUGACAACAACGAAGCAACAACCAUUAAUUGUAAGAUAGUACAAGCAAAUCUUCCUUCUGAUACGAUACAAUAUUAAUUGCCAUAUGACAUCAAUAAAAUUCAAACAACUUCAAACAAGAUUAAAAAUUAAUAAUAAAAAGUUAUAUAGUUGAUAUAUAGCAAUGUGAUAAACGGAAUGAAUCCAACAAAGUUUCAAUCGCGAUGAUAUGCAUAGAAGUCUUUGAAUUUAUAAUCGUCACUAAUAGACGAUUAGAUAAGAGAUGCGAAGUUGCAUAGGUCUCACAAAUAAAAAAAAGCAAAAAUAGAACGAAAACCACUAAAAAUGGAAUUCAAGCAACAACUGUCACUUUAGAAAAUUCAGGAUGCAUGUUGAAGGUGUUAUUUGGCGAUAACACGGUAUAUGGUUUAUACAAAUUAAUGAUAAAUCAACGUUAAGUGAGCAGUGUCAAGUGCAAUACUCCACAGUCUUUGCGCGAACUUCUAUUGAGGCAUAUACCAACAACCCCGGCGGCGGUCUUACGGCAGCGCAGCUUCUGGUUAUGAAAUAGUUAAGGCGGAUUGCUUUUCACAAAUAUAGUUAAUUGAUUGAUUUAUUGUUGAAUCAAUCAACAACGAUCACAGAAAGAAAGAUGUUGGAGUGGCAGAAAAUAUCUGGGCUAUUGUGUGUCUUUGGAUUCGUCCGAGAGCUACGUCCUUCCGAGCCAUACAUAACCGAGUUCCUGGCAGGACCAUGGCGAAAUAUAACAGAAGAUCAGAUAAAUCGUCAAGUGUAUCCUGUGGGCACAUAUUCGUACUUAGCACAAUUGGUAGUGGUGUUCCUUAUAACAGAUUUACUACUUUACAAACCAUUGAUUAUAACCAUGGGAGUAACCGGCAUUAUAGUAUGGAGUAUGCUGUUGUGGACAACCUCAUUGGAAGCUCUUAUGACUUUGGAGUUUUUCUAUGGCACAUAUAUGGCAGCUGAAGUAGCAUACUACACUUAUAUUUAUGCCAAAGUGGAUAAGAAAUACUAUCCUCGCGUAACCUCACACACCAGGGCUGCUAUAUUUGCGGGCAAAUUAGUGGCCAGCAUAUUGGCACAAUUAUUGUUAAAUUUUGAUGCUAUGGACUACAGAGACCUCAACUACAUAACAUUAGCAACUCAGAUCAUAGCAACUUUAUGGGCAUUUGGUUUACCCAAAGUGAAUCAAAGUCUUUAUUUUCAUCGAAAAAUGUAUACGGCAGAUACUCCUGCACUACCACAGGCGGAUAGCUUGGAAAUUGCCACCUAUGAUGGCAAUUCACAAAAAGGUGACCCAUUCCCUUCGGUUAGUAGUAUAGUAGCACCAACUCUGUCACCAGGCAAAUUGUUAUGGACACAUUUUCGCAAUGCCUAUACGAAUCUAAAGGUUGUACAAUGGUCCCUAUGGUAUGCAGUUGGUCUGUGUGGUUAUUUGCAAGUUACGGCAUAUGUUCAAUUGAUGUGGAAGGAUAUAGAGCCAACACCAGAUAUUGCCUGGAAUGGUGCUGUUGAUGCUAUCUUUACAGCAUUAGCCGCAUUGUGUGCCUUAGUAGCUGGUUAUAUUCAUGCCGGUCGCUUAGAAUCUCAAGCAAGUCUGCUUCUUUUAGCUGGAUUGUCAGCUCUAGAGGGUGGAGCCAUACUGCUAAUAUGUUGGACAGAAAAUAUUUACGUUUCUUAUGCCGGUUACAUUGCAUUUGGAGCAUUAUAUGGAUUUAUCAUAACCGUUGCUGGGGCUGAAGUGGCUCGCUAUUUGGAAGAGGAUAGUUUUGGAUUGGUAUUCGGCAUAAAUACAAUGAUUGCUUUAAUAUUCCAGACGAUAAUAACAUUGGUGAUAAUAUCUGAAGGAGGCUUAGCCCUCAGUACAAAAGGCCAAUUUACAGUAUAUGCGUUUUAUUUUAUCGCUGUUGGUAUUAUCUAUUUUACAGCAGUUGUUAUUGAAUAUUUUAUAAGGAAAUAUAGAAAAAAUAAUGAAUAAUGUUGAUUUAGAAAAAAAUACAUAAAAAUAAAAAAAGAAUGUUAAACACAUAUCAGGGAAUGAAGGAA